UUUCUCUUUCACGUCCAUUUCAUCUCCUACCUCUCCACCUUGCAUGUUCCUCCUUUAACUACCACUCUCAAACUCCCCCAUCCAGACCUCAACCUCUCUCUCUCUCUCUCUCUGGAGUACUUGAAAUACUUUGGGACUCGUUAAUUGGUUUUACGAUCGAUAGUUUUGUUUUAUUUAAGCAUGUGUGUGUGUAGGAUCGAACUUGGAAGCCGAACCAAGCUAUAUAGAAUAUAGCUAGAUAGGCUCUAUACUUGUUUAAUUACAUCAUGAAUAGCACAGUAGAUUGGCCCGAGCCCAUAGUUCGCGUCCAAUCCUUAUCCGAAAGUGAAGUGCCAGUGAUUCCUGACCGAUACAUCAAGCCGCCACUUGAAAGGCCGACCAUUAACAGAACUACUACUAGUACUACUGAUGCGCCUCGCGACGAUGUUAACAUCCCAAUCAUCGAUCUUCAAGGCUUACAUGGAGACGAUGAUAAUCUUCGUACCACCAUACUUGGUCAAAUAUCUGAAGCUUGCCGAGAGUGGGGUUUCUUCCAGAUUCUCAACCAUGGAGUCCGUCCCCAACUCAUGGACCGUGCACGGGAGGUUUGGCGCGAGUUCUUUCACCUUCCCCUGGAGAUGAAGCAACCUUAUGCUAACUCCCCAAAAACUUAUGAAGGUUAUGGUAGCCGGCUAGGGGUCGAAAAAGGUGCCAUUCUUGAUUGGAGUGAUUAUUAUUUUCUUCACUACCUUCCAUUGUCGUUGAAGGACUACAACAAAUGGCCUGCCCUCCCGGCUGAUUGCAGGGAAGUGCUCGAUGAGUAUGGGAAAGAGGUAGUGAACCUAUGCGGGAGGUUAAUGAAACUCUUGUCUUUAAACCUUGGAUUGGAAGAGGAUGUUCUUCAAAACGCAUUCGGCGGCCAAAACAUUGGGGCCUGUCUGAGGGUGAACUUUUAUCCAAAGUGUCCACAGCCUGACCUGACCCUUGGUUUGUCAUCCCAUUCGGACCCAGGUGGCAUGACACUGCUCCUUCCAGAUGACCAAGUCCCCGGUCUUCAAGUCCGGAGAGAAAAUAAUUGGAUUACUGUCAAACCGGCUCGCCACGCUUUUAUCGUCAAUAUUGGCGAUCAAAUUCAGGUUCUAAGCAAUGCAAUCUACAAGAGCGUGGAGCAUAGAGUGAUAGUAAAUUCAGGCCAAGAGCGUGUCUCUCUUGCCUUUUUCUACAAUCCAAAGAGUGACAUACCCAUAGAGCCAGCAAAGGAGCUUGUGGCAAAGGACAGACCUGCUCUAUACCCACCUAUGACAUUCGAUGAAUAUAGGCUUUUCAUAAGAUUAAGGGGUCCUCGGGGCAAAUCCCAAGUGGAGUCACUGAGAUCGCAAAAUACAUACAAGUUUUGUUCAUGUAAAUGACAUGUAGAACAUCCCCUUCUUUCGCCAGUGAUUUAA